GGGCCCGAGGGCCCGGCGCGGGGCCCCAAGGUGUCGUUCUCGUGCCGCGGGGCGGCCGCGGGCCCCAGCCCAGCGCCAGCAGAUGAGGCGGGCAGCGAGGAGGCGGGCCCGGCCGGGGAGCCGCGCGGCAGCCAGGCCAGCUUCAUGCAGCGCCAGUUCGGCGCGCUCCUGCAGCCCGGUGUCAACAAGUUCUCGCUGCGGAUGUUUGGCAGCCAGAAGGCCGUGGAGCGCGAGCAGGAACGCGUCAAGUCGGCGGGGGCCUGGAUCAUCCACCCCUACAGCGACUUCAGGUUCUACUGGGAUUUCACCAUGCUGCUGUUCAUGGUGGGGAACCUGAUCAUCAUUCCCGUGGGCAUCACCUUCUUCAAAGACGAGACCACGGCCCCGUGGAUCGUGUUCAAUGUGGUCUCAGAUACCUUCUUCCUCAUGGACCUGGUGCUGAACUUUCGCACUGGCAUCGUCAUCGAGGACAACACGGAGAUUAUCCUCGACCCCGAGAAGAUCAAGAAGAAGUACCUGCGCACGUGGUUCGUGGUGGACUUUGUGUCCUCCAUUCCCGUGGACUACAUUUUCCUCAUCGUAGAAAAAGGCAUCGACUCUGAGGUUUACAAGACUGCGCGUGCGCUGCGCAUUGUGCGCUUCACUAAGAUCCUCAGCCUCCUGCGGCUGCUACGCCUUUCGCGCCUCAUCCGCUACAUCCACCAGUGGGAGGAGAUCUUCCAUAUGACCUAUGACCUGGCCAGCGCGGUCAUGCGCAUCUGCAACCUUAUCAGCAUGAUGCUGUUGUUAUGCCACUGGGAUGGCUGUCUGCAGUUCCUGGUCCCCAUGCUGCAGGACUUCCCGCACAACUGCUGGGUCUCCAUCAACAACAUGGUGAAUCAUUCGUGGAGCGAGCUCUACUCCUUUGCGCUCUUCAAGGCCAUGAGUCACAUGCUGUGUAUCGGGUAUGGCCGCCAGGCACCUGAGAGCAUGACAGACAUCUGGCUGACCAUGCUGAGUAUGAUCGUGGGCGCCACCUGCUACGCCAUGUUCAUCGGCCACGCCACGGCCCUCAUCCAGUCGCUGGACUCUUCGAGACGCCAGUAUCAGGAGAAGUACAAGCAGGUGGAGCAGUACAUGUCCUUCCACAAGCUGCCCGCCGACUUCCGCCAGAAGAUCCACGACUACUAUGAGCAUCGGUACCAGGGCAAGAUGUUCGAUGAGGACAGUAUCCUGGGCGAGCUCAACGGGCCGCUGCGGGAGGAGAUUGUCAACUUUAACUGCCGGAAGCUGGUGGCCUCAAUGCCUCUGUUUGCUAAUGCUGACCCCAACUUUGUGACUGCCAUGCUGACCAAGCUCAAGUUCGAGGUCUUCCAGCCAGGGGACUACAUCAUCCGCGAGGGUACCAUUGGCAAGAAGAUGUACUUCAUCCAACACGGUGUGGUCAGCGUGCUGACCAAGGGCAACAAGGAGAUGAAACUGUCCGACGGCUCCUACUUCGGGGAGAUCUGCCUGCUGACGCGGGGCCGGCGCACGGCCAGCGUGCGGGCUGACACCUACUGCCGCCUGUACUCACUGAGCGUGGACAACUUCAAUGAGGUGCUGGAGGAGUAUCCCAUGAUGCGCCGCGCCUUCGAGACCGUUGCCAUAGACCGGCUAGACCGCAUCGGCAAGAAGAACUCGAUCUUGCUACACAAGGUGCAGCAUGACCUCAACUCAGGCGUGUUCAACAACCAGGAAAACGCCAUCAUUCAGGAGAUUGUUAAAUAUGACCGGGAGAUGGUGCAGCAGGCGGAGCGCGGCCGCGUGCUCUUCCCACCACCUCCACCUCCGCAAGUCACCUCGGCCAUUGCCACGCUGCAGCAGGCCGUGGCCAUGAGCUUCUGCCCGCAGGCGGCGCGCCCACUCGUGGGCCCGCUGGCGCUCGGCUCACCGCGCCUUGUGCGCCGCAUGCCGCCUGCACCCCAGGCACCUGGGCCCACGCCACCUGCCGCCAGCCCCCCGGGCGCACCCGCCAGCCCCCGGGCACCGCGGACCUCGCCCUAUGCUGGCGCCCCUGGCUCCCCUGCCGGCCCUCGCGCUGGUCCUGUGCUGCCUGCGCGCCGCCUGAGCCGUGCGUCACGUCCGCUGUCCGCCUCGCAGCCCUCGCUGCCCCAUGGCGCGGCUGCGGCCUCCACUGCCGGCCCAGGCCCCGUGCGCCCAGCCAGCAGCUCUACACCGCGCCUGGGCCCCGCGCCUGCGGUUACAAGGGGCGCUGCGCCGAGCCCGGACUGCAGGGACUCAGCCUCGCCCGGCGUCACCGCCGGCACCCUAGACCCGCUGGACUCUGCGCGUUCGCGCCUAUCGUCCAACUUGUGA